AUGAACGAAAAUAUGUGCUUGCUGAUUCUUUUAAUGCUUGUGCAGCAAGCUUUUGUUUUCUCCAAACCUUUGAAGCAAUUUUCUAAUGCAUCAACACAACUUUUCAAACACUCUCGAAAAGAUUCGUCUGAGCAAAGCCGACCCGCAGAGGAGUGGAGUGUGAAGGGUGCUUUCGAAUCGGAUAUACUGUUGACCUCCGAACAAGCUAGAACUAUAAAGGCAGGCAUCUUGUCUUCUGAGUCUGGUCAGUUUCGCAAUAAACGAAAAGCAUUGACAAACAUCGAGUCCCUCUGGCCCUCUGGAGUCAUUCCGUACCAGUUCGAAGCGGAUUUCCCUUGGCGUGGUGAGGUUCUUAAGGCCAUCAAACACUGGGAGAAUGAAACAUGCAUCACUUUCAGAGAUGUUUCGGCCAAUGUCAAGCCCGAUCUUGGCCAUACAAGUCUACUACAAUUUUCGAUCGGUGAAGGGUGUUCGUCACAUAUCGGCAGAAGUAGUGACGGAGGAGCACAGGAGACAUUUCUAAGUGAAUCUUGUCAUUCGGUUGGUUCUGUAGUACAUGAAAUCGGACAUGUGAUAGGGUUCUACCACGAGCAAUCACGUCCUGAUCGAGAUGAAUAUGUGCAAAUCCAUGAAGACAAUGUCAAGUCUGGAGAAUUGUUUCAGUUUCGGAAGUAUGAUACAAAUCGUAUUCGAACCAACGAACCUUACGAUAUCGGAUCUGUAAUGCAUUACGGGCCUAAGUGGUUCAGCAAAGAUAGGGAAUCUCACACCAUCGACCCAUUGGACAAGAGAAUGACGCCGUUGAUGGGACAGAGAGAGGGACUCAGCUAUAUAGACGUUAAAACAGCCAACAGCCUUUACAACUGUAACAGUAAAUGUCCCGCUGAUCUUAUGUGUGAGAACGGGGGUUACGUGGGCCCACGUUGCACAUGCGUGUGCCCAAAUCAACUGACCGGUCGGACCUGUUCUCAGGUGGUUCGCGAAAACACAGACGGAUUAGAUUGCGGGGGAAUUUUUACCCAGCACACCGGUACGAUUACCUCACCUGGCUAUCCAAACAAGUACAGCAACGAUACAAUAUGUAACUGGAUGAUCAAAGCCGACCAAGGAAGAACCAUUAUAUUGGACAUUCAGACGUUUUCAUUGGAGAAUGGUAACGCAUGCCAAUUUGACAGUCUGGAGGUUAGAAUCUACGGACCCGGUCUCGCUGGGCCAAAAUUGUGUGGUGAAUUCAAGAAGUCAGAACAGAUGACAUAUCAUGGACAGAGUCUUGUAAUCCGGUUUAAAUCUGACGAAAGCUACACUGCUUCUGGUUUUAGUAUCAAUUACCACAUACAAUAG